GCUUUGUCAACUCCUGAUUAAAAAUUGAAGGACAGUCAGCAUAAGUUUGGGAUUACUGGUCGACCUGGUUCGAAGCGAGCUGCAGGGAAUGUAUAAAACCAUGGCGUUCCAGAGUGCAGAAUCCACAGUUCAGUACUCAGUGACCAACACGACAUGUCUGAAGCACUUUUCAAGUCCUUUGCUAUCGUCGGCGCAGGCCCUCACAUCGGGAUUCCUAUCGUGAAGGUGAGCAUUUCCCCGAUUCUCGUUAUCGCUCGACCAACCUCCACGAAUACUUCUGCACUCCCUGCCGAUGACCCCAACCUGAAGGUUGUGCGCGCAGACUAUACAUCUGCAUCUGAGGUCUCGGCAAUCCUUCGCGAGAACAAAGUAGACGUCCUCAUUUCUACCGUUACGCUUGUUUUUGGAGGCGUACUUGUCCAGAACAUUCUCGCCGAUGCUGCAAAGGAGGCAGGCGUGAAGCUCUUCGUACCCAGCGAGUUCGGCACAGCACCGCCAGCAUCUGGCUUGUCUCAUGAAAAGUAUGACUUUGCAGUUUAUACCAAGUCGAUUGGAUUGCCCACUCUCCACGUCUAUAAUGGAUUAUUCAAUGAAUUCGUGCCCUGGCUCACCGCCCUCACCGAGACUGGCAAGCUUCAUCUCGUGGGCAAAGGAGAAAUGCCAGGAUCCUUCACCGCAAUACCCGAUGUUGCGGGAUAUCUGGCUCAUAUUCUUACCACUCAACCGCCAUCUCGUCUACUUGAUGUCGAAGUUCGCAUCGAAGGACAACGCGCAACGCUCUUAGAGAUUAUUGCCCUAUAUAAAGGCAGUGUACCCGUGGUACAUUGUGAUGCGGUUCCUACGGAGGGUGUGGUCGCCGUGGAAGUCCGUACGCUCCUCCAGCAGCGCUUUGAAAUCGGAGGAGCAAGUUGUGGCUGGAACCCUGAGACAGGGUCAGAUGACGCGGAAUUGGCGAGAAAGGACAAUUUGCUGUGGGAGGGGCACCGGUGGUUGACUGUUGGGGAGGUUCUUGGACUGUAA